CGGGCACCGAACGCUCCGCCCUUUCUACGUUUGCAGGAUGCCAUGCGCAGGGGCGGGGAAGUUGUACUUCUAAAUAAAAGUUUAUACAAGUUCAGUGGAGGAGGUGGCGGCGGCGGGGCCAGGGCCCAGGUGCCCGCAUGGCAGGGUCGGAAGAGCUUGGGCUCCGAGAGGACACGCUGAGGGUCCUAGCUGCCUUCCUUAGGCGGGGUGAGGCUUCCGGUUCCCCCGUUCCAACCCCACCCAGGAUCCCUGCCCAGGAGCCAACAGACUUCCUGAGCCGCCUUCGAAGAUGUCUUCCCUGCCCUCUGGGGCGAGGUGCAGUUCCCCUUGAGUCCCCUCGGCCUUGCUCCUUGCCCCUCCACCCCUGCUAUGGUUCAGAGCCUGGCCCAGCUACUCCAGACUUCUAUGCCCUGGUAGCCCAGCGGCUGGAACAGCUGGUCCAAGAGAAACUGAGAUCCCCACCUAGCCCAGAGUUGCAGAGUCCUCCACCCACGGAGAAGGAAGCCCUGCUGCAGAGGCUGGUGGCCUUGCUGGAGGAGGAGGCAGAAGUCAUCAAUGAAAAGCUGGCCUCAGACCCCGCCCUGCGCAGAAAGCUGGCCCGCCUCUCCGCGGGCUCCUUCGCCCGCCUAGUGGAGCUGUUCUCCAGCCGGGAGGGCAGCGCUCACCCCUGUCAAGCGCGCCCCUCGUUGGCGUGUCCCGGGCCUCCACCGCCAUCCCCGGAGCCCCUGGCCCGCCUAGCCCUGGCCAUGGAGCUGAGCCGGCGCGUGGCCCGGCUCGGGGGCACCUUGGCUGGACUCAGCGUGGAGCAUGUGCACAGCUUCACGCCCUGGAUCCAGGCCCACGGGGGCUGGGAGGGCAUCCUGGCUGUUUCACCUGUGGACUUGAACCUACCCCUGGACUGAGAUCUUCCUCAGAAGCUGCGACAAGAUCAGACCUCUUGUCCCCCUUUUCCGAGCCUCCCUCUUCCACUCAGGGCUGUGGGGUGGUGGCUGCCCCUCCCUGUUUUUACCAAAAAUAAAUUGUUUGAUGUUUUUCUUAUUAAAAA